AAAAACCUAACCUCACAAAUAAUCAAAAUACACGCGUGCAAAAAAUAAUAAACAAAACAAAUUUUCAAAGAGAACGUGUUAAAAAGAGUCUAAUUUUAUGGAAAAUGGGUAGAAAAAUUCCAGCAAAGCAUCAUCAUGGUGUUCGUGAUCCAAUUAAGCAAAAUCACCAGCGAUUUCUGAAGAUCCGUGAUAAAAUUGAUAAUCCUCCGAAGAACAUAAAGGAUCAACCGAUUUCUCGUGCCACAGCGGAAUUUAUCAGGCUCAAAGAAGAAGCCAAGGCUGGAACAUAUCGUCCCAUGUUUGGUCGUGAAGAUGUACCAAGGCCCAUAAGGAAAAAGAAUAAAACAGAACUUCCACGGCCAUACAAAGAAGUUCAGAAUCACAAACCAUUGAAGGGUGAAGGGGCCCGGGACUUCUUGCAGCGUGUCAACAGAGCGACGCAGAACUCCUUGAAGGAAGCGCACUAUGAAGCAAAGUACAAUGUGGAUAUUGUACGGAAGGAAAGUGGGGAAGUGGAGAUUCAAAAGCGGCAAGUUGGCUCCAAGGGUGUUCCUACGCAGAGUAGAAUCGUCAAGUUCAAUGCGAAGAAAAAGCUGAAGAAGGAAAAGAAAAAGACACGAAAGGAAGAAGAUGAAUCCGACAAGAUGAUUUUCAAGAAGGAUGUUGUAAAGUUUGGGGAAGUUUGUCAUCGUCCACCGGAACUCAAGGUAAUGCGAAAAUCUACUAAAAAUAAAACAUCCAAAUCAAUUGAUGAAAUCGUACGACCUGGAAGAAAGAAUUUACUUCUCAAUGCACUUCUCAAAUAAAAAUUGAAUUCUUGAGAUAAAAAUCCAGAUUUUAUUGUUUUACCGGAUCAGAUAAUUUAUCUCGUCCUGAUGAAUCUGAUAGGUAAAAUGAAAUAUUCAUGGAUACGGCGAUACUUUAGAGGGAUUAAAAAAAAAGCUUUUCAGAAUUACGUCAUUCUUUACUUUCAAUCUUCAGGGUUUCUACAAUGUUUUUUUCCAUUUGAUUUGCCUAUUAAAUUAAAUAUAUAUAUUUUUUAUAUUUCUCUCUAUAUUGUAAAAAAUAAAAAUAUAUGACUCGUAUGAUGAACUGAAAAUUAUGAAUACAAAGAUAUGUAUAUGAAAAACACAUAGAUUAGAGAUUUUUUUCCAUGUUUAAGGUACAGUUGGGGCUUUUAGGUUUAUAAUUUUCCUUUCUUUCUUUUGGUAUGAUGUUGUAAAAGAAAAAAAAAUAUAUUACUUUUUUUUUAGAUGUUUAUGCAUUUUCAGUGGGUCCUAAAUUCAUAUGGAUUUAAUGACAAAAUUUUAUAAUUGCAUAAUGGAACUUUGCAUGAAAAAAUGGGAGUUAAAAUAAAAUGUAAUGUAAAGAAAAGUUCAAUGAUAAAAUUAUAUCACAACUUGAGUAUAGAAUUGGUAGGUUUUUCUCUUAAUGUUGGGGGAGGGAAGGGAAGAAAUUGAAACUGCACGUCGCCAAUUCGAAAUUCAAUCCGUAUUUCUCGCAUAAAUUUAACAUUCUACUUUUUUUUCUUAAAAAUCUUUACAUCUUACUUAUUUAUCUAUAAGGAGCAGCAUUUUUUCUCAAUAUGUAUAUCCACAUUGCAAAAUUAAUAUAAUGUUUUUCUUUAUUAGCGUCA